UUUCCAGUUGCCUCACUUGUAUUGUCUCUGAAGCCCCCUUUGUUCCUAAAGUAGUUUAGGGACAUCCUGCUUCCUAGAACCAGUCCUAAAAGAAAUGAAAGGUUUCCAAAGCUGACUGAGAAGUGAGAUCGUGUGUGGAACUCUAUGGGCAGAGAACAAUACUCAGUAUUGACUACAAUAGGAAGAGGGGGAGGAAAGUUAGGGCGAAAUGAUGGAAGGAAGCUGGCAGGCUCAGAGUUUCUCUUUUGGCAUAAGCACUCCCUCUUCAUUGUCUUCCUAGACAGCAGGCCUGGUGCCAGGGAUCUAGUAGCUUUCUUCACAAAUAAAAGCAGGUGAAGCUGAAUAGUGUCUGCAUUUCAAGACCCAGGAGUCGCCAAAAUGAUGCCUUUUGCUCCUUUGAUCCUGGCGUGCAUUUUGCUCCCUGCCAUUCAAGCCACACAACUCACAAAAUGUGAGGUGUACCAGGCCAUGGAAGACAUGGAUGGCCAUGAAGGCAUCACUUCUCUAGAAUGGACCUGCAUUAUAUUUCACAGCAGUGGCUGUGACACACAAGCUAUAGUAAAGAACAACGGCAGCACAGAGUACGGGCUCCUCCAGAUCAGUAACAAACAUUGGUGUGAGAGUAACGAGAUCCCCGAGUCGGAGAACAUCUGUGGCAUUUCCUGCGACAAGUUCCUGGAUGAUGACCUUACCGAUGACAAAAUGUGUGCCAAGAAGAUCCUGGCUAUCAAAGGGAUCGACUACUGGCUGGCACACAAGCCACUAUGCUCUGAGAAACUAGAACAGUGGCGCUGCAAGAAACUGUGAGCUCCUGGGUCCCUGUCGCUCCUGCCCCAUGUUCUGGAAUGCCUCUUCCCUAAGGCUACCUCAGUUCGGCUCUUUUUUUUUUGUCACCAUGAAGAUCAUCUGUCUCUGAGCCCUGUACCCUGUAGUGACACCACUGGACUCUUGAGGACUUUUGUCAAAGGGUGUGUGGCUGAAGCAAUGGACUGCAGACCCUUGGUUGCUUAGUGAUGGUGAGGGCCUCAGUGGCGUUUUCACCAAAGCAAGAGUGUCCUUUCCCAUUCUAA